CAGUAGCUCUGCAGGUUCAUUGUACGGUCUGGCUUUGCCACAAAGCAAAUUUUGUUUUUGUAUCUUUAACUUAGAAACUACGGACAAGACAGGAUGUAGUCAUUCCACUUUCGUAUACUAUUAUUAAGUCUUGUGUUAAUUCGUAGUGUUUUUCUGUUGUGCUGGAUAUUAUUUUCUUUAUAUAGUCGCCGCGCCCAUCCUAUUCAUUUUUAUUGCGGGUUAGCAGGGAGCUAAUGUUGGCAGUAGUGCUGAGCAGCAGGUGCGGUGGUAUUUAUUUCUCCGCCACAGAAUAACUAGUAAUCAAAUAAAUACAUUGAAGGAGUUUGGUUUAAAACGAAUUUUCCAAUUUUUUAGUGCUGUCUGCUUCGCGUGGUGUAGUUUGAAGUUAUUUGUUAACCCGGUAACGUACGGCAUCAUCACCAUCAUGACAGGUGAGAAGAUACGCACCAUGCGAAAGGACCAUAACAAGGCCAACAAAAACGAAGAAUUAAGGGAUACACAUGACGAGACCUCAAACGAGACCAUCUCAAACGGUACCAGUAACAAUUUCACAUCUAACAAGGCUUUUCACAAGUCGGUCAAAUCCUCCACACUACAGCAGCAACAGCAGCUUAACGCAAAAAACAUCAACGGCAACCCGUCAUCAGUGGACAGCAACAAGAACCCCAUCAUAUUAACAAGCACCGACUUCGACUUUCCUGUUCACGAAUGUGUUUUCAGAGGAGACGUGCGUCGUCUGUCCUCUCUUAUCAGGACCCACAGCAUCUCUCAGAAAGAUGUACACGGUAAUACACCUCUUCACCUUGCACUGAUGUUGGGCCACAAAGAAUGUGCUCUCCUCCUGCUGGCCCAUAAUGCUCCUGUGAAGAUAAAGAACGCACAGGGAUGGAGUCCUCUAGCAGAAGCCAUCAGUUAUGGCGACAGGCAAAUGAUCACAGCCAUACUGCGGAAGUUAAAGCAGCAGUCCAGGGAGAGUGUGGAGGAUAAGAGGCCAAAACUGCUGAAAGCUCUCAGGGAGCUUGGUGACUUUUAUCUGGAGCUGCAUUGGGAUUUUCAGAGCUGGGUGCCUCUUUUGUCCCGGAUCCUACCGUCGGAUGCAUGUAAAAUUUACAAGCAGGGCAUCAAUAUCAGACUGGAUACCACUCUCAUAGACUUCACUGACAUGAAAUGUCAGCGCGGCGAUCUCAGUUUCAUUUUUAAUGGUGAUGCUGCACCGUCCCAGUCCUUUGUAGUCCUAGACAAUGAAGCAAAAGUUUACCAAAGAAUCCACCAUGAGGACUCAGAGAUGGAGACAGAAGAAGAGGUGGACAUUCUGAUGAGCAGUGACGUCUACUCUGCCACUUUGUCCACAAAGUCCAUCACUUUCUCCCGCAGUCAGAUUGGUUGGCUUUUCAGAGAGGAUAAAACGGAGAAAGUUGGAAACUUCCUGGCCGACUUCUAUUCAGUGAACGGCCUUGUCCUGGAGUCAAGAAAGCGGCGAGAGCACCUCAGUGAGGAAGACAUCCUGAGGAACAAAGCCAUCAUGGAGAGCUUAAGUAAAGGGGGCAGCAUCUGUGAACAGAACUUUGAGCCUGUGAGGAGACAGUCUCUUGUAGCUCCAGCUCCCAACACUAUUUCAUGGGAAGAGUACAUCACUGCAGAGCAUGGAAAGCCACCGCAUCUUGGAAGGGAGCUCAUGUGCAAAGAGAACAAGAAGAACUUCAAAGCUACUGUAGCCAUGAGCCAGGAUUUCCCUCUGGGCAUCGAGUCGUUACUGAAUGUUUUGGAGGUCAUAGCUCCCUUCAAACAUUUCAACAAACUGCGAGAGUUUGUUCAGAUGAAGCUUCCUCCGGGGUUUCCGGUCAAACUCGACAUCCCCGUCUUCCCCACCAUCACUGCUACUGUCACUUUUCAGGAAUUCCGAUAUGACACAUUCGACGGUUCAAUUUUCUCUAUCCCUGCCCACUACAAAGAAGAUCCCAGUCGCUUCCCUGACCUUUGACAUGGAAAUACAAAACAGGAAGUGACCAGUUAGCUUACACGUUAGGGAUUUGUGAAACGUUAUAUAAGGAAUCCCAUUUCGUUGAGCUGCUGUUCUAAUUGAUCACUUUGUAUUAUUAGUAUCACUGGCUCCUGUUCAUUUUCCUCUAAGGGAUCCAACGCAGAUCAAUGCAAGCAGAUGUUACAGUGCCAUCUCGUGUAAAGACAUGCACGUGGGCAGUUUGUUUUAGCUUUCAUUACACCCACUGCUCACCUGCUGGGCGGCUACAUCUGCUGCUCCACACUGCUGCUGCUGACGCUGUCGUCUGUGAAAGCUGUCAGAACGUUGAGGCCGGACUUUGCAUCACCUCACAUCCAUGGAAUCCUUUGAACACACUGAAGCUCUGUCGACACUCAUCUGUAAAUAUCACACGCCUCACCUAAGAGUUUAAAAAAAGGAAGAAAAAAAACCCUGUAUAUCUAUAUCCUUAAACUUAAGCUUAACAUACAUUUAUAUAUGAUGUAUUAUACAUAUAAAUAUAGAUAGAAAAAGUCAAAGGCAGUAACGCUGUGUAGCAAUACAUUUCCAGUACUUCUGAAUGUUUUUAACCAGCUGGGGGAAGGUUGAGCAUCAAACCCAUUCUUAACAGUUCGGUAUAGAAGCCUUUUCCCGGUGCAGGACGCAGUUUCCUGUGUUUUCAGGUUAGCUCACGUUACCUCUCGUCUUUCUCCACGUCUUCGUCGUGAUAGUGCGAACUUUGUGCUCGGUGUGAAUGGAUUUGCUGUACUGUAUUAACGUACGUUCUAAUGUGAGAGAAUCCCAGAUGGAAAAUAUCAGGUAAACUGUUCUUUGUUUAAAUACUGCACUGAUAUGAAGUAUAUUUAGAGGCAUGUGAUGGCUGUCGGCCCACUGGUUCACACACGUUGUCAAGGUAUAUUCUCUGAAGGUUUCUUAUAUUACCUGCAGACUUAUUGGUAGUUAGAUAAAGAGGAAAAAAACUGAAUUGUAACACUAACACUUUGAAACACCUUUUAUUGCUUACAAAAAUCUCUCCUUGAUGAUGUUUUGCUAAUACAUUUUAUUUAAUUUUGUUUUUUAAUUCAGGGGAGUAAACUAAGCUGUGACAACUAUAUUUGCUGGAUAUCCCAAAAAUAGCCACAUGGAAAAACUCAUACAUCACAUUUUCUUUUCUUUUUUUUUUGCUUUAGCUGAUGUGUACUGCAACCAUACCUACUUCACAUCCCUUUAAAUAAAGCACCAGCAUCAUGUUUCAACAAAAUUUGUAGUAUUAUUAUUAUAGUUUUAUUAUUCACUCAAGUCAUUUAAAUUGAAGAAUUAUCGCUGUAAUGUUCUCUUAACAUAAUAACAGACGAACCUUUACUUCAUUUAAAGCCUUGUUAUACCUGACUGCUUUGUAUAAAUCACAAUAGGAGUUUAUCAGUACACAAAACUACAGUAUUUAGUUUCUGCUUCAUGAAAUAUGAAACUAGAAUGUUCUCAGAUCAGCUGUUAAGUUGCACAACAAUCAACGGUUUGUUUGGUCACCAUUCUUUGGAAAAUUAAUUUUAAAAUAUAAUACAGAAUACAUGUUUAACAGGAGGAGGGAUAUACUUCACUUAUUUGAAGGCACAACCGCAGGAGUUGAAUAGCGGCUGAAUGUGGUAGGUGUUAUUUCGCUUCAUGGCAUAUAAAUCUUGUUAUUGUCAGCAUAACACUGAAAACGUACUAUCUUUCCUUCCUUGGCAUAGAACCUUAAGAGGCUCUCAACUUAAUUGACAAGAAGAGGAGUACGAGAUUUGAACUUUGCAGUAUCCCACCUGAGAAGGCAACAUAGUUGACAGAGAAACGUGCAUCUGCAAGGUUUGAUGCCAACCCAGGGAUCAAGAUAAGAAAUAGGCGUAGUGUGGUCCAGGGUAUUGGAGGUAGCGGUCUAAGCUUAAGGCACCAGGAUAUGUGAGUAUUACAGAACUAAAAAAAGAAAGUUGAUGAGAUUUUAUAAUUUACUAACAUCAAAGUUGAAAAAAAUGAGCCUUAGAUUUUGUUCUCCAACAGAGCUUUAUUAUAAAAAGAAAUCCCUGAUAAAACAUCAACAUUUUACUAUAGCGUAAGCAUGUAAAUUAACUGUUUACAAAAGGAUGGGGAAGGCUGUAUUAACAUUACAUCAUUACAUGACAAAGGUGUAAGUAAGGUACAAUAUAAAAGACAAAAUCCAAGAAAAGCAAAGCGAGCCUAGUUUGAGCUAAUGACAGGCAAAACAAGGGUUUUUUUUUUUUAUAAACAAUAAGAUGAAAAAAUAGGAUAAAGG